GUAUGUGACUAUAUUCACAAUGAUGAUAAUGAAGUGCCAAGUAAAUCAGAAGAAAUUUUUAAUCAACCUUUUCAGUACAGUUCUGAAGAUGACAUGACGUUGUCUUCUCUGAAAGUAGCCAAAACUCCGAGCAAAAAGAAGACAAAGAUUAAAAGAAAACGUACCACAGAGAACUUAGCCAGGCCACGAAAAGCAACACAAAUAAAAAAUAAAGUUAAAAAUGGUCAAAAAAGUGAAAAGAAAAAUCCAAUACUGCUUAUAAAUAAACAAGAUUUUAAGUGUCUAACAUGUUCAGCUUUAUUUACCUCACAAAAUGAUUUAAUAAAACAUUAUCAUAAAGAGCACAGCAGCAAACAAGAUAAAGAUGGAAAGAUGAAGGAAGCAACAAAAAGUUACUCCAUAUUAGAACGAAACGGUGUUCAAAGUUAUAAAUGUACUACGUGUGGUCGGGUCUAUGAUAACUUAAGAGCAGUAAAAAGACAUUUUGAAGCUCAUGUCAAAGACAGGCCUUUUAUUUGUAAACAAUGUGGUAGAACAUAUAGAACAGUUUCGGAAAUUAUACGACAUGGCAGAGCUCACAAUGGAUUAAAAUUAAAUUGUUCUUAUCAAUGUGGUUAUAGCACUGUUUACUUGGGAGCUUUGAAAGAACAUGAGAAAAGGCAUAGGACUGAAUUUAAGUACAAAUGCGGUAAGUGUGACAAAGGAUUUCAAGUGAGAACUUGGUAUGAAGAGCAUCAAAAUAUACAUAACGGCGUUAAACCUUUCGCAUGCAACAUAUGUGGCCUUGCUUUUCAUAUGAAUAGAUAUCUUACAGCACACCGCACUACUGUACAUCCACAGUCAUCGGAAUUGAAGAGAUAUGUCUGUAUGCAUUGUUCGUUACCUUGUGACUCUAGAAAAGCACUUACAGAUCAUCUCAAGGAUCAUGGAAUCAUCAAACGUUUUCUAUGCGAUAUUUGUGGCAAAACUCUCUGUAGUAAAGAACAAUUGAAGUUCCAUAAUCGGGUGCACAUUGGAGAAAAACCAUAUAGUUGCAGCAUUUGCAACAAGUCAUUCACGAAGAAAUGCAAUCUAAAAUUACAUGAAUUAACUCAUACUGAUGAACGUACCCAUGAGUGUUUGAAAUGCGGUAAAAUGUAUAAACAACGAAGUACAUUGCUUAAACAUAAUCAGAAGUAUUGCCGUGGAUCUUAACGUUAUCAAUAAAGUUAAAUAUAUUAAGUUAAGAAACUACUUCUAUCAACAUUUUUGAGACUGACAGGCUUAUUAUUCGUUAAUUUUUAAGCAUUUUAAAUA